AUGCACCCGGCAUGGCGCCAGGGCUGCCUCCAACUCUUCCAAAGACACCAGUCUUCGGUUAGACGGAUACCAAUCACGGUAAAUCCACCUUGGCCGACCGGUCUCACGGGCACCAUUGAGAAGUCUGCUGGUUCCAACCAACAGUUUUUGGACAAGUUGAAAGUAGAGCGAGAACGCGGAAUUACUGUGAAAGCUCAGACCGCUAGCAUGCUGCACCAAGCUCACGGGAAAAGUUACCUUCUGAACCUUAUUGACACUCCUGGCCACGUCGAUUUUGCUUGGGAGGUGUCCCGCUCAUUGGCAGCCUGUCAGGGCGCGCUGCUCCUAGUUGAUGCCUCACAAGGUGUACAAGCCCAAUCCUUGUCAGUAUUUCACAUCGCCAAAGACCGGGGUUUGACAAUCAUCCCUGUCCUGAACAAGAUAGACAUGCCUGCAGCGGACCCUGUGCGAAUUACUGCUCAGAUGGAAUCAAUUUUUGGAAUAGAUCCUAAGGAUGUCUUGCACGUCUCUGCCAAAACCGGCAAGGGUGUACCGGAAGUCCUUCAGGCAAUUGUGGAUCGCAUACCUCCGCCUGCAGGCCAAGAAAAUCAACCGUUGAAAGCAUUCCUCUUCGACUCUUUGUAUGACCGGUACCGUGGUGUGAUUUCCCUGGUAGCAGUCCAGAACGGUAUAUUGAAGAAAGGUGACAAGAUUAGCUCCUGCCACACCCGUAAGAAAUACGAAGUCAUGGAAGUUGGAGUCAUGCACCCGGAAGAGGUCACGACUGCAGAGCUACGCCCUGGUCAGGUCGGGUAUAUGGCUUGCAACAUGAAGGACUCGACGGAGGCUCAUGUCGGGGAUACCCUACACCGAGUCGGCAGUCCUGUAGACCCGAUGCCAGGCUUUAAGCCUACCAAGGCUAUGGUUUUUGCGGGUAUAUUCCCAGUGGACACCAACGACUUCGUGAAGCUGGAAGAAUCCAUUAAACGGCUGACACUCACGGAUCGAAGCGUCUCGGUGCAACGCGAGUCUUCGUCUGCCCUUGGUCAAGGAUGCCGUCUAGGUUUCCUAGGCACCUUGCACAUGGACGUCUUCCGGCAGCGUCUUGAGGACGAAUAUGAUGCCAAUAUCAUCAUCACAGCCCCAACAGUCCCGUAUAAAGUGGUUUACAGAGACAGGGAGGUUUUCAUCAGCAACCCCACUGAGUUCCCUGACACGACCGACUCGGCCUCAAAAGUCAUUCAAGUCCAAGAGCCCAUUGUGAAGGCCACGAUUAUUGUCCCUGAAGAUUAUCUGGGAGAGAUGAUGGACCUCUGCUACUCUCACCGUGCAGAAGACAUAGACCAUCGCUACUUGGACGCCGGCUUGGGCUCCGCGCGCGCUAUACUGACGUGCACACUUCCUCUUAGCGAGAUUGUCACCGAUUUCUUUGACAAGUUAAAGAGUAGAAGCUCGGGUUACGCCAGCUUCGACUAUGAGGAUGCAGGGUACAGAGCAAGUCAGCUAUCGAAGAUGGUUUUCCUCCUGAAUGGCAAGCCCGUGGACACUCUAGCGUUGAUUGUCCAUCGCUCCGCCCAGGAUCACGUAGGGCGGACAUGGGUCAAGAAAUUACACAAGGUUAUCCCUCGACAACUGUUCGAAGUACCCAUCCAAGCUGCGGUGGGGAAGAAGAUCAUAGCUCGAGAAAAUCUUUCGGCGAUGCGCGCGGAUGUAACGGCUGGCCUUUAUGGUGGUCACUAUGAACGCAAGAUGAAGCACCUCGAGAACCAGAAGCAAAGCAAACGUCGCAUGAAGAAGAUUGGGCAAGUAGACCUGCCUCAGGAGGCAUUCUUUGAUAUCCUCAGCACGAAGAACAAGUAAUCACAAGCUGCAAGGCGGGUAAUCCAUUAUCUAUAGAGUACAUGCUGUAGCGUAAAUCAUAAUCUGCUUCUUGCUUUCAUCCCUCAGAGCUCGUAGUCUUCGUCGUCGUAUGCCUCUUUGAUCAGGCGGUAUACCGACGAGGGAGGAUGGUCACCGUCGUUUGUGAUGAAGGCAUCUACUAGCUCUGGCUGAACGUAGUCGUAGAACGGGUUCACAACAUCGACUUUGUCCACAAGAUCUCCUUCCUCGAAGCCUAGUACACUUCCUGGAUCAGCGAAGUCCAGAGCGCCAUACUCAUGAUAGAGAUUCCACUGGGGUGUCAACUUGAACUGUCCAGCACAGACAACGACUGGCGUGCUGUGCGCGCGAGCGGCGGUAGCGACGAGUAGCGAGCCUGUGAUGGCAAACAUACCACCAUUGGCAAGGAUGGCAUGGGCUCCGAGAAUAACUUUGUUUAUUCGAGACAUGAGGGCAUAUAUUGAGGAAUCUGGUACGAGGACGGUAGAAAUCCCUGCAGAAGACAGCGAUUCAGCCAUUUCGUGUCCGCUGUAUGAUGGUGCAGUGUCUGCCACAAUGACGGUGUACUUUCGAUAAGGAGCGGCUGCUUUGAGGAAUGCCUCCACGGUGCUGGACUUGCCGAUCGUCAAGAUGAUCUCGCUUUGAUUUUGCAAUGUAUGAGAUGGACACAGAACCAGAGGCACUGUAACACGCACUCAGAGUGUAU